AUGGAUGAUGCCUUAUCAACAAUCAAAUACAACGCAAUACAAGCAUUCUUCACCUGGUUGAGCGGCACACUCUGCAAAGUACAUCCUUUACUAUCACCGAGCCAUUGCACUUUUGCAUUCGAUACCCUGGUUUCUCUGAGAAGGUCAAGCUUGGCUGUUGUCCAAUUAGGUCAAUUAGGCUUCAAUAGACGCUGGCAUGUCAACAUCUUUUUCCCACAUAUGGAUGACCCCAUGGAUAAUACAUAUGUAAAGAUGUUUAUCAACCAUGUGUUCCUCCCUGCCCUUUCGCAAGAGGCUCGGUUCGACAGAAUGAAUUUCGGGGCAUCAUAUACAGCAGACCAGGAGUUGUUUCGGAACCAAAUGGGCCAUAUAUAUCCACAUGCAUCCUUAGUGGAAGAGGAGCACCUUGAAGACCUGGUGGAGCGUAUGCGUGUGAUCAUCAAUGGCACUCCAACUUUGGCACGCUUUCGAGGAUUCUUUUUUGAUACCUGGUGCCGAGGUAUCAAAAAUGCAUACACCUACAGAGAAUCAGAAGCCCGUGAUCCUGAAAUGGAGGCGUUACGACGUUCAGUGCGUGAUAUCGAAUGGGAGUUCAUUGACAAAGCGAAUUCCUAUAUCGACUUCGCAAUUGAGGCGCUCCCUGGCCACUCCUACAAUGCACCAUCGUUUAUGGGUUUACCUAUGGGUUAUGCCUACGAUAUAUCCAAGACCUUACGACAGGCUUUCUUCUUUAAUCCUGGUCGUGGCAAUCGCAUUGCUUGCCAUGUUUCGCGCAAUGACCCAUUCCUUCAUUUUGAGCACCUAGCAAUGCAAGUGUAUGGAAAACACAAGACACGCUUCUACGAGUAUAAGCCUGGCAACGAUCGUCCUGGUGUAUCAGUAGAUGCUGAGCGCAUUUACAACAACACCAUCAAUGGUUUUGCUGCAUUUUGCAACCAUACUUUGGGUGCAAUGCCAGCAUACCAUGAUGGCAUUCGCAUCGAGGUCCGCAUCACCUUGGAAUCACUUGAGUACUAUGAUGACUUUAUCCAGGAGAUAAUGACUGAUUACAUCGAUCAGGAAAACUCCAUCUAUUGGAUAAAAACAUCAUCAAUAUACUCUGUAUGGCGUGCCCUUUUUCAAGGACUGAAGUGGGGCAUCGACAACAUGGAUGAAGGGUCUAACCGGCAUCACCUCUCCUUUGCUCGUCGUGCCUCAGUAGCAUGCUAUCUCGCCAGCCAUGUUUCGGGUUGGUUUUCACGACCAGAUAACAACCAUGAUGGAUGGCGUCAAGUAUAUGCAAUCUUGCAUAGACAUCGGGCUCCUGGAUCCAACAUAAGAGCAACAUUCCAAGUGGAGGACUCAAUCUCUCAAGAGCUGAAUCCCAAUGGUCAUGAUGCAGAUGAAUGUCCUAUUAUCCAAGGUCACUUUUGUUCCUUGCCAGCAGACCAAGACCAUCUCCCUCUUGCUCAGGAUCAGCAAGAUCUUCAAGGUCAGCAUGAUCAGCAAGGUCAAGAUGAUGAUAAAUCGCAAGGUGUUUGCGUUGACAGCUUUCAACAAGCUGUCCAGAUCUUGCGAAGAUGUUGCCAUACUCAUUCCUUGAGAUUGAGCGGUACCUUGGUGCCACACAAGUUCACAACCAUACAUCACGUGCUCCGAGGAUACGAGCCAUCGAUUCUCAAUUAG